AACUAGAGACACAAGACACAACUGAGUGAACAUAAGAAGAAGAUGAGAUUCUGCAUCUUGGUUUUUCUCCUCAACAUGUUUUCUGCUUUCAACUGCUUCUUCACCACCACUCCUCCUCCUUCUCCCUGCACUUGGUGUUUCUGUGAUUGAAGAACAAAGAGUCUUUCUUUGCAGUGCUUCUUGUUUGGUUUUUCAUAUGAGCAAAUUUCAACAAGGGAGGAGCUUAAUGAAAUUCACUUCUUAUUUUGGUUCUGUUUUCUCUCAUGAUCAUGAUAUUGUUGCUAGUCCCAGCAAAGAAAUCAUGUGUCUGGCAUCUGUUUUCGCCGGCAUCAUCUUAUGUAUUCUUGUGUAUAGAUCAAGUGCUGUUUUGAGUUCUCUAUUGUUCAAUAAGGCAUAUGGCAAAUUGAGCACUAUACAGAAAAUUGAAUGGAAUAACAGGGGAAUCUCUACAUUCCAUGCUCUUUUUGUAUCAUUUGCUUCUUUUUACUUCCUUAUCAUAUCAGACAUUUUCAAGGAUGGUUCACAUGAAGACCUAAUUAUUAAUAGGUCAUCAAGUCUUACAAAUACAGCAUUGGGGAUUUCUGUUGGUUAUUUUGUAACAGAUCUGGUGAUGAUUCUUUGGCAUUUUCCAGCAUUAGGGGGUCUGGAAUAUGUUCUACACCAUGGGAUAUCCAUGCUUUCAAUUUUAAUAUCUCUGCUAAGUGGUCAAGUUCAAGUCUACAUACUAAUGGUUCUUUUUUCUGAGAGCACCACUCCAUCUAUAAACCUAAGAUGGUACUUGGAUGUUGGUGGUUUUAAGAGCUCCAAACUUUAUAUUGUGAAUGGCAUUGCAUUGUUCCUUGGGUGGCUGGUUGCUAGGAUUUUUCUGUUUAUGUUCUUCUUUUACCAUAUGUGGAUCCAUUUUGAUGAGGUAAAGGAGGUAAAUGCUUUGUGCUAUUACUUUAUGUUUGUGGUGCCAUCUGUGCUGACAAUGAUGAACAUAUUUUGGUUUUGGAAGAUUGCCAAGGGUAUGGUCAAAACUAUUACAAAAGCAAAACACACAAAGAGGGCCUAGAUCAUCUUACUGCUAUAAAUAGUCAUAAACCAUUGAUACUACUUAGCUUGCCACAAAUGUAUAGACAUUUGAUUUACUCAAAUGAGUUAUAUUCUUAAUGAUAGUUUCUAAUCUGAA